AUGGAAAAAAGGUUUUCACAUAUCGCAAAUCUGUUUAUUUUCCAAGAUGUUCCCCUGCCCGUAGCUCUUUUUUCCACGCAUCGCAGCGAUAGAGUUGUUGACCAUAGUCCAAAUGGAGGCACCAAAGCAGUUUCCAAUAACAUCAUGCUGGCGACAGGUCCCUUUGGUGAUCCAGCUGGCUCCUUUCUUAUCAGCGGUUUUAAUAACAGCUAUGUGGAAGUUGAAAAUGGGGGAGAACUUGAUACAAGGUUUUCGGUGAGUGUUUUUGCAUGGGUGCACCCUGACGCCUCUGCCUCUCGUGCUGGUCUGAUAUAUGAGUAUGGUUGCUCGAUGUGGUAUUUUCCUUCGACCUUGGGACUUGAAAUUCGUUAUAUGGUCAGGGAUCGUUCUAAGACUCACAUAUUAGGUAUAGAAGGUGUUAUCAAAGUAAACGCGUGGAAUUUUGUGGGGACGACGUACGAUAUUCACGCUGGCGUUGCGGCUGUGUGGGUAAAUGAGAGCAUGGUUAUGAACAAGUCUAUUGGAACCAACGUGGAAUUGGCAACUCAAGGAAAUCUUACUAUAGGAGCGUCGAACAACCAUGAGAUGCAAUUUUAUGGAAAAGUUUCCUGCCUGCAGUUCUACGAUCAAGCAUUGUCCGUGGAUCAAAUUAUGAAGAUAAAGACAAGAUGCAAUCAAUCCAUCUCACCAGUGACUUCCCCAGAUCACGAAAGAGUGGGAUGUUAUAGAGACACAAACAAUCGUGCAAUUCCAACAUUAGAAGGAGCUGACCCCUUAUUGGUCGGUGCUUACCUGAACCGUGAAAACGCGAUCGAGAAGUGUGCCCUCGCAGCUCACAAAAGGGGCUUUCGCAUGUUUGCAGUUCAGAAUGGUGGAUGGUGUGCAGCUAGUGUCUCAGCAGAAAAAACGUUCAACAAAUAUGGCCAGAGCACUUAUUGCCGCAGCGAUGGCGAAGGAGGACCUUGGUCAAACGAUGUUUACAUUAUUAAAGGUUUGUCGAUUUGA